CGGUUGAAGUGUAAACACUGAAAAAAGGUUUCUGAAAGUCGUGGAAGUGGUAAUUAAAAGUGAAGUGCUGAAAAGAGUCAGUGGCACUGACUGAAAUGAAAGUACUCGAAGUGAAGCUGCUGAAAGGAAUUGAAAGUAGUAGUUGAAGUACAAACAUAAUGUGAAAGCAGUGAAUGCAGUUGAAAAGUAGAAGUCAGUAUAAGUGUAGAAACAGAGCAGAUAAAGUGUCAUUAAGUAAAAUUACUUUGAUUAUAAUCUGAAAUAAGAUCAUUUUAAAGCAACUACAGUUGUAACUUCACAUGUAGUAGUCAAAUAAAUCCCAAAGCUGAAGGACUUGAAUACUGUAGAGCAGUAAAUAUUAUUCAGUGUAACAGGUUUAACAUGUUCACACAGCACUCCGUCUCUCAGUUGUCUGUCCUAAAGCGUUCCAAGUAUUUAGCAACGUGGGAACAGCCCUCCUCCAGCUGAAUGUCAGGAUACAGAACAACCUGACAAAUAGGCUGCCGUGUAUGCACAAGAGCGAGGUUUGCAAACUGAAUGCCACUUGAUGUCUGAAGCACUUUCCAGUUCUGUGACUCUAUACAGUUGUAUCGCGGGUGUACUCAGCCUCUCCUUUGAAAACAAAAGUUAAGGAGUGUUUAAUGGUGGUAGUGGGGUGGGCCUUCAUGGGCUCUGCGGUGCAGCCGGGUGGAAUGCACUGAAAAACUAACAUUCGCCACAUGUUUCCUCCACAGCUCAACACCAUGGCAGCCGCUCUCACCGUGCUCUUCUUCUUCCUUCACAUCUUCACUUUCUCAGCAAUGGAAUCAGCCUCUGAGCAAGUCCUCACCCAGAAACACCCACACAUCACCAGUUGCGUCUCCACCAACAUGGAGACGUUCCGCUGCAGAUGGAAUGUCGGCACUUCCCAGAGCCUCUCCGAGCCGGGAGAUCUCCGCUUAUUCUACAUUAACAAAAAACCCCCCCCUAAUUCCUCCAAAGAGUGGAGUGAGUGUCCUUACUACAGCACCGACAGGCCAAACGAGUGCUUUUUCGAUGAGAACCACACAUCCGUAUGGACAUAUUACAGUGUCCAGCUCCGCUCGAGGGAUCAAGCCAUCCUCUAUGAUGAGAACCUUUUCGACGUAUAUGAGAUCGUGCAACCGGAUCCUCCAGUCGGCUUGAACUGGACCCUGCUGAAUGUGAGCUCCACCGGCACUUACUAUGAUAUCAUGCUGAGCUGGAAACCGCCCCAGUCUGCAGACGUGGCGAUGGGAUGGAUGACGCUGCAUUACGACGUCCAGUACCGCAAUGUCAACUCUGACCUGUGGGAACAGGUCGACCUUGUGAAAAGCACACAUCGGUCUAUUUAUGGGCUUCAGACUGACGUCAAUCACGAGGUUCACGUCCGGUGCAAAAUGUUGGGUGGAAAAGAGUUUGGAGCGUUCAGUGACUCUGUAAUUGUGCACGUUCCAUUUAAAGUGUCGGAAUUCCCAGUGUCGGAAUUCCCAGUGGUGGCCUUGCUCGUCUUUGGUGCCUUGUGCUUAGUGACCAUCCUGAUGUUAGUUAUCAUAUCGCAGCAGGAGAAGUUUAUGGUUAUUCUUUUGCCUCCUGUUCCUGGACCUAAAAUACGAGGAAUUGACCCUGAACUACUCAAGAAAGGGAAGCUGAAGGAGUUGACGUCCAUUCUGAGUGGCCCCCCUGAACUGAGGCCGGAGCUGUACAACAACGACCCCUGGGUGGAGUUCAUCGAUAUCGACAUUGAAGAGCAUAACGACAGACUGACAGACCUGGACACGGACUGUCUCAUGGAGCGCUCCCUGUCCUCCAACUGCUCUCCUUUCUCCAUCGGCUUCAGAGACGACGACUCGGGCCGGGCCAGCUGCUGCGACCCAGAUCUACCCAGUGACCCGGAACCGUCACCUUUCAUUGGUCUCAUCCCAAAUCAAACCCACAGUAAGGAACCGUUGUGCCCAACCACCUGUGAGCCAAGCGCCGAGGCCCAGAGCCCCGCCACUGGGGAGCCUCGUGUUGUAGCACCGGGCAGAGAGGCGCUGUACACCCAGGUGAGUGAGGUGAGGUCAUCUGGCAAGGUGUUGUUGUCACCUGAAGAACAGGCUGAGAUGGUAAAAAGCAUUGGGAAAGACAUCAUGGUGGGGAAAGAGAAGAAAGAGUUUCAGCUCAUGGUGGUGAAUCCAGAUCAUGGAGGUUACACCUCAGAGCUCAACGCAGGUAAAAUGAGCCCCAUGUUGUCCACAGGAGAUAUGAGUGAAACCUGCCAGACUGGAGAAGUCUUGAGUUCUUCACCAUCUUUGUCGCGUUACCAGAAAUCAGAUACCACCCCCAUGUCCCCUCUUCCCCCUGCUCCUGUCUACACCAUUGUAGAGGGUGUUGGCCGGCAGAACAGCCUCUUACUGAGACCAAACUCAAUACCUGCCCCCCAACUGAUCAUCCCAAAAAUCAUGCCAACACCGGACGGCUACCUGACCCCUGAACUUUUGGGAAGCGUCACACCAUAGAGCAGCGGUGAACUGUGCAAUGUCAAGAUUAUUCCAACAAAGGCACAGGCAAGCUUGGGAACAGCCUUUGAGAUUGCUUAUUGAGGGUCCCAAGGUUGAGUGUUGAAUGUCAGUUUUCCUAAAAUAGGUGGGAGGCCUCUGCCGGUCCUGCCACCACCUCUGACCUGCCGCUGCUCCCACUGACAGGGCUCUCUAAAGGGUUAGUUAGAAGUUUGGUAUGAGGGAGGAAGAGCACAUGUGUUUUACUGUACUUAUGGAAAGGGCAAAGAGAAAUUUGGAUUCGUGUUGAUGAAUGCAUGUUCAAUAUUCAGUCUACUUUAACUCUUCUGGUUUCAUUUCAAUCAAGCCCGUAGAAAAAUAACUGGCUCUGGCAGCUAAAUGCUCCGCUGUUUUCACCCGCUAGUUGCUCAUUUUGUAUUUCUGCAUUUUGGUGCUCUGAGCCCAAAGAGACUAAACAGCUUUAUAGACUUGCAGAGUUGCUGUGGUUUUGUCUCUACGAGUCAUUUCAUUCAUACUGUAUAUAUUUAUAGUAAUUGUACAGUGACAUGGUUAAUUCCUAUCAUUUUAAACAUAUCAAAGGCUUUCUUUUUAAUAACAUCAGUUCAUGACUAAUUGAUAUACUCUGGGAAUCCAACAUUUUUUAUGGUUUUCAUAAUGUUUUCAUUUCUUUUAAACCAAUAUUAGUGUUCUUUCACCGAUUAAAAACCCAGCUUUUUUAAAUACCACUUAUUGGGGUUCAUAUAUUAUGUUGUUGCCAACACAUGAACUCCUGAAGAAGUAAAAGAGCCUGACCUGUACUCGUUUCAAAGGAUAAACAUAAAAAAAGGAAAAACAAUGAGAUGCAUCAUACUUUGAUGCAAUUACAAACCAUGAUUUUUAUUUAUUUUAUAAACUGUGAAAUGUGUUCAGGGCUGACAACCAAAAUAUUUUUGGAUUGCCAAUUUCUGGUUGACAGCAUUUAUUACAAAUGAAAAGUUGGGGAUACAUGGUCAUCAGUGUUGAAUUUGUACAGAUAUUGCAUUUUAACUGUUCAAGUAUUACAAAUAAACGUUCAUACUUUU